AAUAUGUACUAAUAAGAAGUUAGGAAAAAAUAGAAGCAGAUUUGUAGAUUUGGAGUUUGAAGUUUGAAAAAGUUACGAUGAAAAAGGACACAUUCCGUGAUUAUAGAGUGCGCUGUUUUUCAAUCGUACGGAUAAUCGUUGCCUAAUCCGUUCCAGAUAAAGUUCGAGCGAAGAAUUGUUUCGGUGUAAUUGUGCUGUACAUAUGCUUGUAACAUCACAACAUAUCUGAAUCUUAUUCUAACGAAACGUCGACGCGUGUCCUACGAUGUUCUGUGCUCGAAACGUUGACUUUAUACGUGGUGAUCAGUUUAAUAUCCCGAAGACAACCAAUAUGGCAGUAUAUAUGAAAACUACCUUCUGCUCUUAUGGCGGAUAAUGAUAUUAAUAUGUAUAAAGAUCGAAAUUCGAAAAUAUAAUUUCUGAAAGCAGUCCAAAUAUAGCAAAAAAACAAGAAUAAACAAUGUACGUGAAGUAUUAAAUAUUUGAAUGUAUAUUAUAACCGGAAGAGCUGUACGACACAACCGAUCGGCCAUCGCCGACUCCCGAUUGACCAAGUUUGAAUCUUGUAACGGUCAUACAGAAGCAGACGUAUUAGAAUAAAACAAGAAUGGAGGAUACAAAUGACAUACUAGUAUGUGCAACAGAGUUUCUAAAAGAUCGAUUAUAUUUUGUAACAUUGAGAAUGACGAUAAAACCAAAGAGUACUCCAAACACGCAUUAUUUCACUAUUGACGACGAGCUAGUUUAUUACAAUUUUCAUAAUGAUUUUGGCCCUUUAAAUCUUGCAAUGUUGUAUCAUUACUGUCAGAAGGUUAAUAAAAAGCUGAAAGCGGUAACCUUAAAAAAGAAAAAGAUCAUACAUUAUACAACUAUGGAUCCAGAAAAGAGAUUGAACGCUGCAUUCCUUAUAGGAAGUUAUGCUAUAUUAUAUUUAAAACACACAGCCGACGAUGCGUUUAAUUGUUUAACCAGCAGUUCUAAUUGUCCCUUUACUAUGUUUCGCGAUGCUUCUAUGGGUACGACAUGCUAUGAAAUAUCACUGAAUGAAUGUUUGAGUGCCAUAUACAAGUGCCACAGGCUUGGAUUCUUUAAUUUUCAAGAUUUUCUUGUUAAAGAAUAUGAGUAUUUCGAAAGAGUAGAAACUGGAGAUCUGAAUUGGAUUGUUCCUGGUAAAUUCAUCGCAUUUUGUGGACCUUAUGCUAAAUCUAAAAUAGAAAAUGGAUAUCCUCAUCAUGCACCAGAAUCGUAUUUUAAAUAUUUCCGACGCAACAACGUAUCUACGAUUAUACGUCUUAAUAAGAAAAUUUAUGAUGCUUCGAGUUUCACGAAUGCAGGAUUUGAGCAUAAAGAUUUAUUUUUUGUUGACGGUUCGACCCCGACAGACUCAAUUAUGCGUCAGUUUCUGAAAAUUGCAGAGAACGCGAGCGGUGCUGUUGCUGUACAUUGCAAAGCAGGACUUGGUAGGACUGGUUCUUUGAUAGGUUGUUAUAUCAUGAAACAUUAUCAUUUAACUGCUCAUGAAACAAUUGCAUGGAUAAGAAUAUGUAGACCAGGCUCGGUAGUUGGACAUCAGCAGCAAUGGUUGGAAAAGAAGGAAGCAUAUCUUCACUCUCUAUUGAAAGAACCUUUGCAAUCGGAAAAUGGGAAUCCAGUGCACAAAUAUGGAAUUUAUUCUAUAGUUGGCAGACCCAAAGUAGCAAUUAUGUUUAAUUUGAAGGAAUCCCAUUUGGUACAGGAUAAUGUUUCGGGGAUAAUGCAUAGAGUAGACGGGAUUACAUUGGACGAUCAUACCCCUGCUGCUGGCACCAGUACAACCAAAUAUAUGCCAUUGACUCAGGGCGGAAAAUUAAACUUAAUUAAAAUCAAAAGAAGUUUACCAACAAAUCACAAUAUUAAUACAACUACAAAAUCUUCCACAGUUGCACAUCCUUAUUUAAGACCGUUGUUGCAAUCUAGAAGCCAGAAGAGUACAAGUAACGCAUUAACUAGAAGUAAAGAAAAAGAUUCGACUAAGAAGGUUCUACCUAGAUCCACGACAACAGCUAUCGCCAAGAGAAACAGUUGGCUGGUCAGCAGUAUCUGUGAUACAUCUUCGCGUCGUAUUAAGUCUACUAAACCAGCAACACAGAUCCAUAAUAUCAACAACAACACAACUACCACUACUCCCGUUUCGUCAAUAUCCGUAUCGAAACCGGUGACAAGGGCCAGUAUAAGAACUUCCUGCAUCACAGAGACUCGAACCUCACAUGAGUCUACAAAUUAUUCGGUUUCGCAACCACAACAAGGCAUGAAUAUGAUUCUCAGGUCUGCGGAUCGAGUAAAUCGCUAUCAUUCUCUAAGACAUGGCGUUGGAGUGGACAAUCCAGUAAUUCGAGCAUCUCAUCAGCGUCGAAGAUCUCACCGCUUAAAUCCAAUUAUUCAGUAGAACCAUCCCACUGAUCUCCAAUCUUCAACUCGAGCAACUAUUAUUGUUCAUGCUUCUAUCAUAAUCAACGAGAAUCAAAUAGUCUUUAUAACUUCAUAGUAGCGUUAUUUCAAGUUUACAAUUGUAUUUUGGGUUAUAAGUUUCUUGGAUUACCUAUACUCUGCUGUAGUACAGGUUUAGAAAAACUCUUCCAUGUUUCAUGAUACGUUGAACGUUUGUGAAAAGAUCAACAUGGUUUCAAUUAGUUCCACUUGGUUAUAUAUCAUCUCUCUGCUGGCCAGAAGAAAUGCAAAAAACUAUGCUAUGUGAGUAUCUUUAAAUGAUUUUUAUGAUUCGUCAUUCAUUUUUAUUUCCACCAUUUCUAACAGAAACUCUAUAAGAAUUUGUAUUUACAUAUAUAAUUGUAAUUGAAUUCAUAAUCAUGUCUGUAAAUAUCACGUACUCUCUUGUAAAAAUAUUCGUUUCUAAAAUUCGACACUUACUGCUUUGACAUUUGCGAAAUUAGUUGUUGACAGUCGAAUUAUGUGUUUUUAUAAACAUGCAAUAUUUUUGCUGUUUCGAACAGAAAUGAAGGGUACAGCAAAUAGAAACUUACAAUCCCAAUGUACAUUAUUACUUAUAGCAAUGUGAUUAACACAA